AUGGCACUAGAGAUAUGCGAAACAUCAAAUGAAAAAAUGGGUCACAUUCUUGACACUGAAGUCACAGUUGUGUCUAUCGCGGAUGCUAGAGAGGUAGAAGAAGGAAGGGUGUUCCGUGAUAAAGAUGUUUUGAAAAUGAGUCUGUCAUUUUUUGCCAUACAGAUAUUGGGGUCACAUAGGCAAGUGUCAUCUAAGGUUGUGUCAUCUACAAUUAAGUACAAAUACAAAUCGUCCCGUACUAUAUAUACACCAAAGGACAUAUGCAGUGACAUGUUGAAUACUUAUGGGGUUUAUUUGAGUUAUUCAAAAGCUUGGAGAUCUCGCGAGCAAACUUUGAAAAUGAUUAGGGGUGAUUCAGUCGAGUCAUUUGGUAAGUUGCCAAGCUUCUUCUACAUGCUCCGACAGAAAAAUCCUGGUACGAUCACAGAAAUAGAGGUUGAUAGUCAUAGUAAGUUCAAAUAUUGCUUUAUGGCACUAGGUGCAUCAAUACAGGGAUGGGAGCAUUGUAUACUGGUGAUUGUUGUUGAUGGUACAUACUUGAAUGGUAAAUAUAGAGGUACACUUUUAACAGCAUGUACACAAGAUGCAAAUAAUAGUAUAUUCAUUCUUGCUUUUGGAAUUGGAGACAAUGAGAACGACAAAUCUUGGAGAUGGUUUUUCAAUAAGAUGAAGAAAGCGUAUGGAAACAAAGAAGGGAUGUGCUUUGUGUCAGACCGUCACCCCAGUAUAAAGAAUGCAAUAGAACAUGUGUAUCCGGGAGCCUGUCACGGUAUUUGUUCUUAUCAUUUGUUGCAAAAUCUAAAAUCAUAUUAUGGAAAGUCAGGCGAAAACAUUACGCAAGCAUUCAAUUCAGCUGUUUGCGCUUACACGCUGGAAGAAUAUGAUUAUAACAUGUCUCUGCUGGCUACGAUGAAUGAAAAUAUAAUUUCUUACCUGAUAGUUUUGCAGGCUGAUGUUGGAACUGAAAAAUGGUCACGAAUACAUAUGCCAACAAACAGACACAAGGAUGAUGAACAUGGAACUUUCACAAAGUUGUCGAGCAAGUACGAGAAAGAGAUUAGGAAAAUGAGCAUGGAUUUGAGAAACUUGAGGAAAGUAUUUUCUGUCAACAACGAAAGGUCGACGUUUGUCGUCGAUAUUGAGCAACGAACAUGCACUUACAUGAUUCUACAAGUUGAUUUGUUACCGUGUCCACACGCUUUGGCUGUAAUUGCAAACACAAGAAGAGAUCCAUAUGAUUACUGUUCCUAUUACUAUACAAGAGAUGCGUACUUGAAUGCAUACCAAGAUUCUGUAUAUCCAGUUGGAAAUCAAGAGGAAUGGACAGUACCAGAAGAGGUACAGCAAGAAAUAGUUUUACCUCCUAACCAAAGGAAGAGUUGUGGAAGACCUACGGAGAAAAGAAAGAGAUCAUCCAGAGAAGGGAGACCGACGACAAAAUGCGGACAUUGUGGAGGACAGGGUCACAACAGUAGGAAAUGCUCCAACUUGGCUCCAUUACGCUAA